UACGGUGCAAUAACAGCUUUGAAGACGUUGGAGGCUAUUUUAACCAGAAAUCGCGUCAGCAGCUGAUUCACUCUUCUUUGAGGUGAUGUACCAUCGCUGGCCAAUGGCCACGUCCACAUCUGCGAGCCCAGAGCGCAGCGGCACCAAAGUUUGUGCGUAAAGGAGGCGGCGCGGCGCGGGGCGCCAUGACUCACACUCACGGUCACCUCCUCUGAGAAAUACUGAUGUCCCGAGGACCCUUCCGCUCAAAUGUGCGUGUGGAAACACAGAACUGCACUUGACUCGCUGAACUAGAGCUCUGCCGUUUCCACAGCGAUGACAGGAGAGAUUGAAGCGAUGAACCGCAGACGCGCCGCGCGUCCAUCUACCCAAACACCUCCGGAUCGAGCUCUCGCGUUCACUGACACGCUGCUGAGGGUUCAUCAGUCUUCAAACCAAACCAGCAUGGCUGCUUUACGACCAGAUCUCUCCUGAUUGAAGUCGUUCGCCUAAAAAUUGCGUGACGCACUGAGAACUGCUCUUCAGCCAAAAAUAUCUCCUCAGCAUAUGCCAAAGUGCUUUUAGCUUUGUCCUUGUUAUCCGCUUUGCAACCUCAGUGACAUCAGCCAACGCCAUGCAGACUUUCAAUGCGAAUCCGAUUCUGGAGUGACCGUCGGCACCAUGUGGACUGUUUCCAACCGCUGCAGAUGCGCGCAAAAAGACGGGAAGCUCUUGUUUUACAAAGUGCACGAACACAUUAACAGUGCUUUAUGAAUGUGCAAAGAGAGAUGGAGAACGUUUUGACACCUUCGCACGUCGAUGCAUUGAUGCAUAUCUAAAACGGAUCGCUCAUGCAUCAAACCUAAUGCCUGGAAACUACAGACAAACCUCUUUUGUACCUUAAUAGAUCACACAGAUUGCAACAACGGCAUGUGUGUCAUUCUCAUUGUUCUGUAUGAUGUUGCAGCUGCACAUGGUUAUGAACAUGUCAAAACAACCCUUGAAUUUAUGACUUUAUGACAAAAGAAUCUGACGUUCUCCGCAGCAUAAUAUGUUUAGUUCCUCUUGUUUAUUCCUUCACCCACAGCUAUUUUCCACGAACAUACAUCACUAAAAGCUCAUCUAGGAGAAAUGAGAAAUGAGACACAACAGGUUAAAUUUCAUCACGUUCCCUUCAUUGCAAUGCUGCAAAUGCCCCAAUGUUCUUGUACCACGGCCAAUGCAGUAGUGCCGUUUUCAUUGUUUUCUUGGAGAGAUUCCAAUAUUAAUGUGCAAAUCAAACUGACGCCCCAAAAUCAGACCUUUAUUAAAUGCCUGGACAUCUUGAACAGAUGAUUCCCCUCAAAGACAACAUGACCCCGGAGUCAUUCCACGAAAAUUGUAGCAACUGCAGCCAGGUUCUCGUCCCGGAGCUGAACGUCAUGAAGGCUGUUGUUCUGGGAAUGGUGUUGGCAAUCUUCAUCAUUUUUGGCGUUCUGGGCAACAUCCUGGUCAUCCUCUCAGUGGCUUGCCAUCGUAAUCUACGCACAGUUACGCAUUACUUCAUUGUGAACUUGGCGGUUGCGGACCUUUUGCUGAGCUCUACGGUUCUUCCAUUUUCUACGGUCUUUGAAAUGUUGGGUCGUUGGAUUUUCGGACGCCCGUUUUGUGACGUUUGGGCGGCAAUGGACGUCUUGUGCUGUACUGCGUCAAUCAUGAGCUUAUGCGUGAUUUCGGUGGACCGAUAUAUCGGCGUUAGUUAUCCUCUGCAAUACCCGUCCAUCGUAACGGAGCGACGGGCAUUGCUUGCACUCGUUGUUUUGUGGGCUCUGUCCAUUACCAUCUCAAUCGGACCUCUUUUUGGAUGGAAGGAACCGGCACCGGAGGACGAAUCCAUAUGCAAGAUAACCGAAGAACCCGGCUAUGCCAUUUUCUCCGCGUUAGGGUCCUUCUAUCUCCCUCUAGUGGUGAUUCUGUCGAUGUAUUGCCGCGUGUACGUGGUUGCGAGGAGGGAGACCCGAGGUCUGAUUAGCGGACAGAAAACGGAAAAGUCCGAUCACACCGCCGAGGCUGUAACUUUGCGGAUACACCGUGGGAACACGACGGUGUCCGAAGACGAGGCCUUGCGCAACCGGACACACUUCGCAUUGCGUCUGCUCAAGUUCUCCCGAGAGAAGAAGGCCGCUAAGACCCUGGGCAUCGUGGUUGGAUGCUUCGUCCUUUGUUGGCUUCCGUUUUUCCUGGUUCUUCCGAUCGGUUCCAUCUUCCCGACAUACAGACCCUCAGACACCGUCUUCAAGAUCACGUUUUGGCUGGGCUACUUCAACAGCUGCAUCAACCCCAUCAUCUACCCCUGCUCCAGUCAGGAGUUUAAGAAAGCCUUCUUGAGCGUGUUGGGCGCCCGCUGCCUCCGCAAGAGAUCCACGCCGUCCCACACGCUCUACCAGAGCCACAGUCCCCGGCAUGGCCAAUCUCAGAUCCUCGGCCUGACGAGCCGCGACAACCCAUCCCGCCUGAGCCCGUCCUCCUCCAUAGCUCUCUCCCGCAGCCCGUCCUCCCAGCACGGCCGGGAAUGGCAGGCCCCUUCCCGGACGUCGUCGGCAGGGACGACUGGUGUCAGCGCCGGUGUGAGCGUGGGAGCCAAAGUGGCGGGGACGGGUGGGAAGAACCUGCUGAGGACGUGCUGCUGCGUGAGAAAGGAUUCACCACAGCCCGAGCCGCCCACGCACAACUCGCUUCCCGUCAUCAAAAUCCAUCAGCUCUCGCUGUGUGAGGACGGGGACGCGGUGUGAAUGAGCACGCUGGGGAAAUCACUCCACUCACGCUGGCUGUGAUGCCACUUUGCCACUUGACAGAGCCUCAGACUGGAGAACACAAACUGAUGAAGAAAAGAGAGCUUUUGAUUGAAACGAUCAGCGAUGGGAACAUGGAAAGCUGCUGCGACACUGUUGAUGCUUAAUAAAAGCACGGUUCAGCUUUGCAUGAAAACUCUGUCUUUAUUUACUCACUCUCGUGUCUUUCCAAACCUGUGGAAUGACAGUCAGUGAACUGAAAUGCAAAUAAGAUUUUGCAGCUUCGACAGAGGGAAGUGCAUUAACUUUAACCCUGUAAAGCCUGAGAUAGGAAAUAAUAGUAGGAAAAAUCUCUUUUUUUUUUAAAUGGAGCAGUCUGAACCUUAGUUCAGAAUAUAAAGUAGAUUUGCAUUUGUUUUUUUUUGCUGGGUAUCAUAUUUGAUACAUCAGGCAUUUAUGGCUGAUAAUAUAAAGUAUGAUAUAGGAGAAUAUGGAGCUCAUACUUGAGGAGGAAAAACACCCCAAUUUUAUUCAGAGGCCCAAAUAGAGCAACAAUGUGACAUUUGAUGCAGACUCUGAUAUUUAUAUGGCCAAAAGGAUGAAAAGUGUGUAAUGUAAAUCAGUGAGAUUUUCAUAACAG